CCCUCCUGCCCCUCCCCUGACACAGCGCCUCAAUGAAAAUCCAUUCCCAAGUUGCCAUCAAGAGGAGUGCACUACCAUAUCGCACCAAGACCAGAAGGUGAUGAAGCAAUGAUACUCUGAGUUGAUAAAGGUAUUGUUUUUGUAUUCCUAUUAUUAGCAGAGAAACUACUUAUGUAGCUUGUGCAUCUCCAGUAUUUUCUUUCGACCGUAGUCGUGCGUAAAAUCGGUGUAAAAUGGAGACACGCGUCCUGGCGACGGUAACAACCCUCCUGUCGUGGAGUUACUGCGUGUUGGCCACGCAGGUCACCUUCUCCAACUUCUCCGUGGACAACGAGGUGCACUCCAGUUUCAUCCAGCGGCGGCUGCGGAGCCAGGAGCGCAGGGAGAUGCAGCGGGAGAUCCUCUCCAUCCUGGGGCUGCCUCACCGGCCGCGGCCGCACGUCAACACCAAACACACCGCUGCCCCGAUGUUCAUGCUGGACCUGUACAACACCAUCUCCACAGAUGCACAGCCGCCCGGAUACUCUUACUACAAGCCCGCUUUACCCACCCAGGGCUCCCCCAUGAUGACCCCGCAGGAAAGCCGCUUCCUGGAUGACGCAGACACGGUGAUGAGUUUUGUCAAUCUGGUCGAUCAGGAGAAGGACCUUCUGUUCCAGCAGCACAGAAGAGAAUUCAGAUUUGAUCUUUCCCGUAUUCCUGAAGGAGAGGCCGUCACAGCAGCAGAGUUCAGGAUAUAUAAAAAUGUUGUCCAGGAACGCUACGAGAACGAGACCUUCAGUGUCAGUGUGUACCAGGUCCUGGAGAAACCUCCAAACAGUGAGGUGGAGCUCCUGCUGCUGGACCAGCGCGAGGUGUGGGCUGCAGAGGACGGCUGGCUGCUGUUCGACCUGACCGCCACCAGCAACCUGUGGCUGGUGAACCCGGAGCAGAACCUCGGGCUGCACCUGGUGCUGGAGGACAGCCACGGCCAGAGGAGGAACCCCCAUCUGGCGGGGCUGGUGACGGGGAACGGGGCUCAGGAGAAGCAGCCCUUCAUGGUCGCCUUCUUCAAAGUCAAUGAGGUGCGAUUACGCAGCGUCCGAUCCGCGCACGGACACAAGGGGCGCCAAGGGAACCGCUCCAAACCCCAGAAGACGGUCCAAGACGCUCUGAAGGUCGUGGAGGCUGCAGCAGAUACCCUCAGCCUCUCCAAAGAGGGAUGUAAAAAGCACGAGCUGUAUGUCAGUUUCAGAGAUUUGGGAUGGCAGGACUGGAUCAUCGCACCAGAGGGUUACGCAGCGUUUUACUGCGAGGGAGAAUGUGCCUUCCCUCUCAACUCCUACAUGAACGCCACCAAUCAUGCCAUCGUGCAAACUCUGGUGCACUUUAUCAACCCGGACACGGUGCCAAAGCCGUGCUGCGCCCCCACCCAGCUCCACGGCAUCUCAGUGCUCUACUUUGACGACAGCUCCAACGUCAUCCUCAAGAAGUACCGCAACAUGGUGGUCAGAUCCUGCGGCUGCCACUGACCGCUGCAACCCCCUCCUGUGAGUUCGUGAAAAAUCUGGAGGGACGCUGAAGAAAGGCAGAAGUGAAAGAGCCAGAGAGGAGAUGAUUGACAGGCUGGUCAUCAGGGAGCUCCUGCCACAGGACGAGCUUUAAUCUGGAGGACUGCUUUUAUGAGCAGCAGCUGAGCCUCACAUGCAGUAUGAACCACUACCACAAACCUUUCCAAACUUUUGGCAACAAAGAAAGGAUGAACAAAGGGGUUUGUUUUCCUUUCCUUUUGAGAUUGACUCGAAAAAGUGCACUAAAAGGAUACUGAGCAAUGUGGAGCUACUUCAAAGACUCAAAUAAAACAUUCAGUGCUAGCAACAGAAAGUAAAACCACACCUAUCUGCAUUUAAAUGAAGGGUCUUCUUGCAUUUAGAAUAUAAAACACUGCCUGGGUGGACACGUGCAUUAGGUAACUGAUUUAACAGCUUGUGACACUUUAAAAUCUCCAUCUUCCUGUUGAACCUCUGCACCUUUCCUUAAAGAACAGCUGAAUGAAUUUAUCUCUGAUGAGAGAGAAAAAAGCUUUGAUUGUUCAGCAGGGCAUUUCAACCGCGUCAGGUGUAAGACAUCUGGACGCUGGCGUGUGUGCCGCUGAUGUGGAGGAGCUCAGAGAAGAGUGGCAGCUGAGACGGUUAAUAACAGCGUUGGACUGAAAGGCUGCUGCUGGAUCUAGUUUCCUGGUGCAGCACGAUGGAUGUGAGAGACGUGCAAUCUGCGAGAGUCGGUGAUUCAUCUUCAUGUUGACACCAGGGUGUGCACCACCUCUGCAGCUGCCACCUGGUGUCUGGCCAGCUGCAGGUGGGCAGAGGGGAAACUGUAAUUUUAGUUUUUCAGAUUUAAGUAGUUAAGGCAGGUGUGUGUUCAACCUAAUUUGCCCUCAAUAAUGUUGUUAACAGUUGCAUUGAAGCACCUUGGAUACUUCAAGGAAUUCAUGGUUUGUAGAGAUUUAUGACAAAAAUAUGCAGAAACUUUACACAUAUUUAUUUAACAGUGAGGAAAUCGUUUCUAUCUAACCCUAACCCUGCAUUUCCAUUUGCAGAAUGUCAUUCACUCUGAUUGUGCAUUAGGUUCAUUGUAGAGAAUAACAAUGCAGCCAGGGGAGGGGGGGUUAUAUUCAGGUGGAAAAAAUACGAGGAAAAACACAAAUGUAUGGGACAAAAACUUUUAAUAAUCUCUGAAGUCAGAAUUGAGUUCUGUAAGGAAAAAUAACUUGACAACAGACUAUGCAUUUUAUAUUUCCGAAGCUGAUUGCAAAUGUAUAGAAUUGCAUUUUUUUAGAGGAAAUGUGUGACUUUAAUCUCAAUAAAUAUUAUGGUUUUCUUUUUGAA